AUGACAACCUUGAACGGGACGCAAUCCUCCACUACUACCAAAGAGCCCGUUGCCCCGGUUGCAAUGGACCAACCCGACGGUGGAAAGCUUGAGGUCAAGUAUCUCUACCGGAAACUAAAGAAUGGCGAAUCCAAGAUCACGGAAAGUAUCAAGGAGGCGGAAGAGGAGCAUGUGGACGAGGACGACUUUGUCUCCUAUCCCUUGCAGCUCGAGAGUUACAAAAACAGCAUGGCACAGGACAGCGAGCCAGCUCGUCAUCUCGACAUGCUCAUCCGGUACUUGGGCGCAGAACCGGCCCUGAAGAAGUCUGUCGAGCUCAUAGGCCAUAAGUUGAUCACAUUUGAUCUUCUUUGGGCCGCGUUCAAGCCAGGGUCUUAUGUUUUGACCGAAAAAUAUGGUCAACCCUGCCUCUAUUGGCUGCAAAGCACGUCUAAGAGGUCGAGUUUCUUUGGAGGCAGCCGCUCACUCCAACUUGAGUGUCUACAUAUCGACAACGAUGGGAUUACGACAGGGAGAAAGCUCGAUUUUCUCUCAAUUUCCGAGGAUGAGUUUCCCCAGGGUGGUCGUGCUGAGAUCACAAGCCUCUCGGCAUUCCCUAUCGACCAACUCCAAGACCGAGGAACAGAUGUAAAGAAUAUGCUGUCAGAACGAGGCAAGUGGUUUUACGAUUUGAUGAAAAGUGGCCCUGCUUUUCGCCAAUACCAGGGUUUGUGCCUUCAUUACAUUGGAAAGGAGGAUAAAUGGGAGCCUUUCUCUAUAGCAGGACGGGUCAUGAUUGAUACCAAGGCCUUCUUAGAAGAGAACCCGAGAGAAGAGAAGCGGGUCAACCCUUGGCCAGGCCCAAAGGACACUUCCGACAAGACAACAGCCCGCCCAGAGGACACCAGGAUGCUCUGUCCUCCAUAUGUUCAUGGCUUUUAUCUUGGAACGCGUACCUGGUGUCGCUUCUUUCUUGACAAGAAGGCGCUCAUGGGUAUUACAUGGGAGCUGAACAUGUGGAAGGAUCUCAUAUUACCAGAUUCACAAAAGAAACUCGUCCGCUCUAUGAUUAUGAGGCAUUUCUUCCCUACUGAUGCUAAGCUCCGCGACGAGGAUGCUCUCAAGGGGAAAGGCUUGGUGAUCAUGUCUCAUGGUCCUCCGGGGACUGGAAAGACGUUGACGGCUGUGUUUCUGAGGCAAUUGGAAUACUCCCAGGGUAUCAUCUUCCUCACUUCGAAUCGAGCGAAAAUGUUCGACGCAGCCAUCAAGUCACGCGUUCAUCUGACACUCUCUUACGGACUUCCCACCAUCGAGACACGCCGGCGACUCUGGGACCAAAUUCUCGGCAAAGUCCCACCAGAAAACAGGGGCUUCGAGAAAGCAGCGGCCCUGAGCCUCUUCUCCAAGCACGCGCUGAACGGCCGCGAGAUUUCGAACCUGGUCAACUCAGCGCAAACCCUAGCACGCUCCACGGACGCCAAAGCGGCAGGUGAUGGGGCUGACGCACCCGACUGGAAGUUGACGCAGGACCAUCUACAGGAAGUGCUCAAGAUCUGGGAGGCUUCCAACCCGCCACGGGAAAAAGGGAUGGCAAAGGCGACUCUUAAGCUCGUGAUGGAUCUAACCGUGCCCGCGCUGACUCUUUUCGUCUUGCUGGGCCUUGCUGUCAUUGUCUCAUUUCAUGGAUACCAGGUGGCUGUUAAGCGGAGGGAUAUUCUUAUUUUCAUCGUCUUCGUCCACGGCCUAACGGGCAACCGCGAGGAUACGUGGACGCACAAGUACGGUGUGUUUUGGCCGCGGGACCUCCUCGCAAAAGACAUACCCAAUGCACGUAUCUGGAGUUGGGGCUAUGACGCCGACAUCUUCCACUUCUUCCACAAGCGCUCCAAGACCGACCUCAAUACACACUCCAACCAGCUGUGCACCGAUGUGGCUGCGAAGAGGACCCAAAAGCCCGACAGACCCAUCAUUUUCAUUGCCCACAGCCUCGGGGGCCUAGUUUGCGAGAAUGCCAUCAUUCUCGCCAAAGUCAACGCCGAACCGCACAUCAAGCAGGUGGGCUCCUGCACCCGCGGCAUCAUCUUCCUCGGCACGCCGCUUCAGGGCAGCCCCAUGACCAAAUGGGGCGAGAUCGGACAGCGGUUCGCGCGGCUCGCCGGCCAGGAUAAGAACAAGGAGCUCCUCGCGGAGCUCAAGCAGGAAUCGCCGCGGCUCCGGGAGCUGGCCGACGCCUUUUCCAACAUCCUGCGUGACCGGACCAAGGGCGAGGAAACCAUCGACGUCGUCUGCUUCUACGAGCAGUUCGAAACCCCGCCCGUCGGGUUUAUUGUCACCAAGGACUCGGCCACCGUCGGGGGGUACGAAGGCCAGGUCAUCCCCGCCGACCAUACCGACAUGACGCGCUUCGCUGCGGCGUCGGACGCUGGCUACAUUCGGAUCAAGGGGGUUCUCGAGCGCUGGAUCAAGGAGCUUCAGGCGUCGGGCAAGAUUGUGGAUAAAGCGCAACUUUUCUGGGGCGGGUGCGUCUUAGUGAUGUUCGAUAAGAGGUUUAGUGGAGGCUCAUGUGUGGACGCCAGAUUUCUAGAGCUAUCGCUCGCGGCGCAGAAGAGAGUUGAGAAACCAGAAACGCCUGCCACGGCGUCGUCACGCACUAUGGUGUAUAUACAUAGGUACAUGUACGCUUACAUGGUCGGGCGUCACGAUUCCGUUGCGAUGCGAUGCGAUGCGGCUGCGGGUACGGCAGGCAGGCCGGAAGCUCGAAAUGAUGCGCGAAUAGCAAACCUUCCCGACGCCCAUUUCCAGUGGAUCUUUAGCAGGCCUCAGGUGGGCAGUCACUCAGGUAGGGUUGGCUCGGGCUGUCUCGGUCAGAGGCUGUUUGCUGCUGCUGCCUCGGGACCUGCUGCCGUUGUUGUACCUCAACAUCAGACAACCAACAAUAACAACCCAUCCAACCCUCUCAAACGUCAACCUGCUACCCCAACUCAGAAAUGUCUCCAAAAAGAGCCACCACAACCCACUCCCCAACCACUCACCUCCCCCGAGUCCUCCCCAGCAACCAACCCAAGAACCAACCCAACAACCAACCCAACAACCACCCCCCCACACCACCCCCUCCACAUCAUCACCCCACAACCCCCCCACCACCACCCCCACCCCCAUCGCCAACACCCCCCCAAACCCAAACCCAAACCCAAACCCAAACCCAACCCCCCCAAAAAACAACAACAGAUUACCUCCUCUCCUGGACCUCCCCGAACCCGCAAACCGGCACGGCCGCGCCUCAAACCGCCCAUCCCACUGCCCACGCCACAAGCCCUGCGCGCCGCCCUGGCCACGCUGCCGCCUCCCGGGGGGCUGGCGGUGCCGGAGCUGUUUCGCGACGUGGCGGAUGAUCCGGGGAGGCGGGUGGUGGUGCUGCAUGGGCUGGGGAUUGGGAUGGUGGGGGCGGUUGGGGAGGAUGGUGGUGUUGAUUGGGGGGAUGGGGAUGGGGAUAAAAAGGGGGGUGCUGGGAGUGGUGCGGAUGCAGGUGCAGGUGCAGGUGAAGGGGGUGAGGUGGAUGAAGGGGGUGGUGAGGGGGGAGAGUCGGAACGUGGAGACGGAGAGCAAGACGAGCAAGAACGUGGUAGGACUACGCUCGGCGUCGAUCCCCAGUUCGUGGCGUGCCUCGCCCAGAGACGGCCCUACCGGCUCCGUGGCCGCGGCCUGGCGGAGCACGCGGAGAGGAGGCGCAUGUGGAGGGAAUCGAUGCAGGCGAGGCAGGAUCUGGGGAGGUACGAUUUUGGGGGCUACAUUUGGGAGUACCCCGAGGUUGUGGAGGUGGAAGGUGAUUGUUCGGCCCUGAUAGAGCGGGCCGGUGUUGAGAUCCCCGGCGAGCCUGGGAGUGGGUCCGACGGUGAUGCCCUUGGGCGGAGAAGGGACCAGAAAAGAUCGGCAGUCGUGUUUUGCCGGGUAGGGUUGUGGCGGGGGCCCCAUGGGGAGAACUGGAACGCCGACGACCAACUGCCGGGUAUCGUCUCGGAAGUGGUUUAUCGCCACUGGCAAGAGCUCUUUGACUUUCUCGAACCAGAGCCGCGGGCCACGCGCGAAGAAACCGUCGCAUGCUACCGGCGGAUGGUACGCCUGCUGGAGCUCAACGACGAGAAAAGCGACGACAUGAACUGGAAGAGGCUCGUAGACCGGAUCGUAAUACGUCUCAACUGGCUCAAGUCAGCGUCAGACCACUCCCCUGUUCCUCCCUCGACCACUCUUUGGGCAACGCCUCCUGCCAUCACCACUUCGAAACAUGGAACGGCCGCCAGAGACAACAGAGUGAGAAGCUCCUCAGGGCACGGUCAAGCCCCUCAACGGCGGGUCGACGAGAACCAGCGCGCCCUCGACCGCCUCAGUUACCUUGGUGGUAUUCUCAUCCCGCUACCCAUCAUCUCUAGCAUUCUCUCUAUGGGCGACACUUACGGCCCCGACGGCAGCCGAUUCUUCAUCUUCUGGGCCCUCUCGGUGCCCCUGGCAGGGCUCACCGUCCUCCUCAUCUACGCAGACACCAUCCGCAAGGCCGAGGUAUGGGUGGAGAUUGAACCCGGUCUCGUCAUGCCGAACCCGGACGGCAAAGCCACGGGCAGUCGUAGCCAUGACGAGGGUAUGGGUUCCGGGGCCGAGGUGCCGCACAAUAGAAUCUUGAUGGGGCGCAGAAGGAGGACCCACGAAGAUGGAGAGCAACCGUUGCCUGGACUGCCGGAUAGCGUGCCCUUUGUUGUAGACCAUGACGUCGAGGAGAAGAUCAUCGACAUACCAACGGCUUCUGCACCCGCGACGCAGCCUCAGACUGGGCAUGAGGAGGUAGUGGAUCGGGUGCAUCAGCGUCGGUGGAGUAUGGGCUGGCAUCGUGCUGCAGCAGGAGAUUGA